UCAGAGAUAAACAAGGCUUCCUGCAGGGAUCACGGAUUUGGGAAACUCCCCGCCACAAUGGCAGACAGAAGCCCCUUUGAGACGGACAUGCUCACCUUAACCCGCUAUGUGAUGGAAAAGGGGCGUCAGGCCAAAGGUACGGGGGAGCUCACCCAGCUGCUCAACUCCAUGCUGACAGCCAUCAAGGCCAUCUCCUCGGCCGUGCGGAAGGCGGGCCUGGCCAACCUGUAUGGGAUUGCGGGAAGCGUGAACGUGACGGGAGAUGAGGUGAAGAAACUGGACGUGCUAUCCAAUUCUCUGGUGAUCAAUAUGCUCCAGUCUUCCUACAGCACCUGUGUCCUGGUCACAGAAGAGAAUAAAGAGGCCAUUAUCACAGCCCAGGAAAACAGGGGCAAAUAUGUGGUCUGCUUUGACCCACUGGAUGGAUCUUCCAACAUUGACUGCCUGGCCUCCAUCGGAACCAUAUUUGCUAUCUACAGAAAGACCUCAGAGGACGAGCCUUCAGAAAAGGACGCCCUGCAGCCUGGCCGCAACAUUGUGGCUGCUGGUUACGCACUCUAUGGGAGCGCGACCCUGGUGGCUCUUUCCACUGGGCAAGGAGUGGACCUCUUCAUGCUUGACCCAGCUCUUGGUGAAUUUAUCCUGGUGGAAAGAGACGUCAAGAUAAAGAAGAAAGGCAAGAUCUACAGCCUCAAUGAGGGAUAUGCCAAGUAUUUUGACCCUGCCACGACAGAAUAUGUGCAGAAAAAGAAAUUUCCUGAGGAUGGCAGUGCUCCCUAUGCUUCCAGGUACGUGGGCUCCAUGGUGGCUGAUGUGCACCGUACCCUGGUCUAUGGAGGGAUCUUCAUGUAUCCAGCCAACAAGAAAAGUCCUAAGGGAAAGCUCCGGCUCCUGUAUGAGUGCAAUCCUGUAGCCUACAUCAUUGAGCAGGCUGGAGGCUUGGCCACCACGGGCACUCAGCCCGUGCUCGAUGUGAAGCCUGAGGCCAUUCACCAGCGAGUGCCCCUCAUCCUGGGGUCCCCGGAUGAUGUGCAGGAAUAUCUCACCUGUGUGCAGAAAAACCAGGCGGGCAGUUAGAGAGUGUGACCCCGCAGCCCUCUUUGUCUUGAACCUUGUACCAAGGACCCUGAAUGAAUGAUAAGCAGAGAGAGCGGUGAUGAAAACGCAAAAAGCAAAUCCCCUAAUCACAUCCAGCAACCAGGAGCCUACCUGUGACAGGUCCAGAUGUCAGAAGCCAUUCAUUCUGUGGUCAACGUCAAGGGCUAACAAUAAAAAUCCACAUAUG